AAACAAGGCAAAUUUGUGUUAGCGACACGCUGCGGCAAUCGAGGGCGCGUUCACAGGGAAUGCUUGAGACCAAUGAUGAAUGUCAAGUCAAGGGGAACGCUUGAACGAUAGAAGCAGGCUUAGUUGUAGUUUGUACCGAAGCUGCUAGCUCGGCUGUCGUUUAUCUUGCUGCUCCGAGCGGGGAAAUUGACUCAACUUUCCUGUUGAAACAAAGACCUGACUUCGGCCCCGCCUUGACCGCAUAUAUCGUGCUUCUGACUAGUCGUACGUAGCAAUGGAUUAGUUCCUGCUUGCAAGCAUUUUGCGGGGACGGGGCCAGAGAGGAGCGAGAAAUGGCCUCCAUGGUUCCCCAGAUGGUGCAGCCCCAGCCGCUCCCCACUCUUCCGGCAUCAUGGCAGUCAGAGGCGGACACAGCGGACAGGCAGCGGAUGACGGACCACAUAUACCAUAUUUUCCAGUCCAAGCGGCCCUCACAGCAGCCUUAUAACAAUAAGCUGCCGGAGUUUGUCAAGCGGCUCGAGGACGGACUCUAUCGGUCGGCAAAGAGCAAGGAUGAAUAUACUGACAUGAACACGCUGGAGCAGCGGCUGCACGACGUCGCGAAGCGCUUCGUGGCGCGCCCAAACGCGGGGCAGCAGCCCCCCCAGCCCGGCGCCCCUCCCGGCGGAGUGUUGCAGGGCACGCAAAUGGCGCAGAACGGCCUGCAGCAGCCGGUUGCUCCUCCCGGACAAAUGCCAGGGAUGAUGAACGUGCCUAUGCAGAACAUGGCACAGUUCCAGAACGGUAUGCAGCAGCCCAUGCAAGCCCAACAAGGCUUCAUGCCAAACAACGGAGCUAUGACGGCCAACAUGGGCCUCCAGGACCCUCUCCGAAAUCAGAUGGCGCAGGUUCCCGGCCAGAACAUGGUCGCGACGCAGCCUAUGCAGCAGCUGGACCCGGCCAACCAAUACCCGCUCAUGGGCGCAAACAAUACAGCGUUCAACGCAGGGGCGCCUAUGCCACAGGGUGUUAUGAGCAACGGCGCACCUGUGCUCAUACGCGGUCAACGGGACUGGAACGCGCAGCCCACGCAGCCCAUGCUCGGGGCACAACCAGCACCACAACCGAUGAACAAGCUGACAAUAAACGGGCUUCUGCCUGGCCAGCUCGCGACGGGGCCUGGGAUGGUGCCUCAGCAGCAGCAGAUGCCGCAACAGGGUUUCGUGCCCAGCGCGGCUGCGGCGCCCGCUCCGUCGGGGAUGAUUCCGAUGGGGAACGGCAUGGUGCCUAUGGGCGCGCCGGCGAUGCCGAUGGGGAACAAUGGCUCGCCCAUGUUGAACGGGAUGGGCAUGUUCAACGCGCCGCAACAGACUGUUCCCAACGGGGGCAUGGCGGCGGUCGGCCCAAGCCUUCCCGGAAUGGUGCCGGUGGGUGGGAUGGCCAACAAUCCCGCGUCGUUGCCGGGCAUGAUGCCCGUUGCGAACAAUGCGGCGUUCCCAGGGCCAGGCGGCGUGAACCCGAUGGGCCAGGUGCCAGCCAUGCCCGCGCCGAUACCCAACGGAGGGCUGCCAGGCAUGAACGCGGCCGGAGGUGCGGACGACCCGGCUAAGCAGCGGGAGCAAUCCAUUCAGAAACAGCAGCGCUGGCUGCUGUUCUUGCGGCACUGCGCCAAGUGCCGGGCGCCCGGGGAGGACUGCCAGCUGAAGUCGCAGUGCAAGUUUGGCAAGCAGCUGUGGCAGCACAUCCUUUCGUGCCAGAACCCCGCGUGCGAGUACCCGCGGUGCACGAACUCCAAGGACCUACUGAAGCACCACCAGAAGUGCCAGGAGCAGACGUGCCCGGUGUGCAUGCCGGUGAAGGACUACGUGAAGAAGACGCGCCAGGCGACGCAGCAGCAACAGCAAAUGCAACAGCAGCAGCAGAUCCAGCAGCAGCAGCAACAGCAGAUGCAACAACAGCAGAUGCAACAACAGCAACUGCAGCAACAGCAGAUGCAGCAGCAGCAGCAAAUGCAGCAGCAACAGCAGCCGGGUGUGGGCGCCAACUUCAUGCCGACACCACCCAUGAUGCCGAACGGCAUGUUUCCGCAGCAGCAGCCGCAACAGGCAAUGAGGCUGAACGCAAACGGCCUCGGGGGCCAGAAGCGGCCACACGAGAUGAUGGGCAUGAGCAGCGGCGGCAUGGAUGGCAUGAACCAGAUGGUGCCGGUGGGUGGCGGCGGCAUGGGCAUGUCCAUGCCCAUGGGAAUGAACAAUCCCAUGCAGGGCGGUAUGCCGCUGCAGCCGCCGCCACAGGUGCAGGCGCCGGGCCAGGGCCCCAUGAUGUCGGCGCCGCAGCAGCAGCAACAGCAGCCGGCACCCAAGCGUGCGAAGACGGACGACGUACUGCGGCAGAACACGGGAACGUCGCUACUGGAGACCUUCGACGCGAAGCAAAUUCGCGUACACGUUGACCUCAUUCGCGCGGCGGCGGUGACGCAGAAGGCACAACAGCCGCCGCCGGCGAACCCGGACGAUGCCUGCAAGGUGUGCGCGCUGACGAAGCUGUCGUUCGAGCCGCCCGUGAUCUACUGCUCGUCAUGCGGCCUGCGCAUCAAGCGCGGACAGAUCUUCUACAGCACGCCGCCGGACCACGGCAACGACCUGAAGGGCUACUUCUGCCACCAGUGCUUCACAGACCAAAAGGGCGAGCGCAUCUUGGUGGAGGGCGUGUCCAUCAAGAAAUCCGACCUGGUGAAACGGAAAAACGACGAGGAGAUCGAGGAGGGCUGGGUGCAGUGCGACCACUGCGAGGGCUGGGUGCACCAGAUCUGCGGCAUGUUCAACAAGGGCCGCAACAACACCGACGUGCACUACCUGUGUCCGGACUGCCUGGCGGUGGGCUACGAGCGGGGCCAGCGGCAAAAAACGGAGGUGCGGCCGCAAGCCAUGCUCGAAGCCAAGGACUUGCCGACCAGUCGGCUCAGCGAGUUCAUCACGGAGCGGCUCAACCGGGAGCUGGAGAAGGAGCACCACAAGCGAGCCGAGCAGCAGGGCAAGCCGCUGCACGAGGUGGCCAAGCCGGAGCCGCUGACGGUGCGCAUGAUUAACAGCGUGAUGAAGAAGUGCGAGGUGAAGCCGCGCUUCCACGAGACGUUCGGCCCUACCGACGGCUACCCCGGCGAGUUCGGCUACCGGCAGAAGGUGCUGCUGCUGUUCCAGAGCCUGGACGGCGUGGACGUGUGCCUGUUCUGCAUGUACGUCCAGGAGUACGGCAAGGACUGCCCGGCGCCCAACACCAACGUGGUGUACCUGUCGUACCUGGACUCGGUCAAGUACUUCCGGCCGGAGAUCCCGUCCGCGCUGGGGCCCGCCGUGUCGCUGCGCACCUUCGUGUACCACCAGCUGCUCAUUGCCUACGUGGAGUUCACGCGCAACAUGGGCUUCGAGCAGAUGUACAUUUGGGCGUGCCCGCCCAUGCAGGGCGACGACUACAUCCUGUACUGCCACCCAACCAAGCAGAAGACGCCGCGCUCGGACCGGCUGCGCAUGUGGUACAUCGAGAUGCUAAAGCUGGCCAAGGAGGAGGGCAUCGUCAAGCACCUGUCCACGCUGUGGGACACGUACUUUGAGGGCGGGCGGGACCAUCGCAUGGAGCGCUGCAGCGUCACCUACAUCCCCUACAUGGAGGGCGACUACUGGCCGGGCGAGGCGGAGAACCAGCUGAUGGCGAUCAACGACGCGGCGAAGGGGAAGCCCGGGACGAAGGGCGCGGGGUCGGCGCCGAGCCGGAAGGCGGGCGCCAAGGGCAAGCGCUACGGCGGCGGCCCCGCGACGGCGGACGAGCAGCUCAUGGCGCGGCUGGGCGAGAUCCUGGGCGGCAACAUGCGCGAGGACUUCAUCGUGGUGCACAUGCAGGUGCCCUGCACCUUUUGCCGGGCGCACAUCCGCGGCCCCAACGUCGUGUACCGCUACCGCACGCCGCCCGGCGCCACGCCGCCCAAGGCCGCGCCGGAGCGCAAGUUCGAGGGCAUCAAGCUGGAGGGCGGCGGGCCGUCGGUGCCGGUGGGCACCGUGUCGUCGCUCACCAUCUGCGAGGCGUGCUUCCGUGACGAGGAGACGCGCACGCUGACGGGCCAGCAACUGCGGCUGCCGGCGGGCGUGAGCACGGCGGAGCUGGCGAUGGAGAAGCUGGAGGAGAUGAUCCAGUGGGACCGGGACCCGGACGGCGACAUGGAGAGCGAGUUCUUCGAGACGCGCCAGACCUUCUUGUCGCUGUGCCAGGGCAACCACUACCAGUUCGACACGCUCCGGCGCGCCAAGCACAGCAGCAUGAUGGUGCUGUACCACCUCCACAACCCGCACUCGCCGGCGUUCGCCAGCAGCUGCAACCAGUGUAAUGCGGAGAUCGAGCCCGGCAGCGGCUUCCGCUGCACGGUGUGCCCGGACUUCGACAUGUGCGCCAGCUGCAAGGUCAACGUGGGGCACGCUCACCCUGUCGUGCCGCACAAGCGCGCUCUGGACGAGACACGGCAACGGUUGACGGAGGCGGAGCGCCGGGAACGGAACGAGCAGCUGCAGAAGACGCUCGCACUUCUGGUGCACGCGUGCGGCUGCCACAACAGCGCCUGCGGCAGCAACAGCUGCCGCAAGGUGAAGCAGCUGUUCCAGCACGCCGUGCACUGCCAGUCCAAGGUGACGGGCGGCUGCCAGCUGUGCAAGAAGAUGUGGUGCCUGCUCAACCUGCACGCCAAGAGCUGCACGCGGGCGGACUGCCCGGUGCCGCGCUGCAAGGAGCUCAAGGAGCUGCGGCGGCGCCAAACGAACCGGCAGGAGGAGAAGCGCCGCGCGGCGUACGCAGCUAUGCUGCGUAACCAGAUGGCUGGCUCGCAGGCACCGCGGCCUAUGUAAAUCAGGGCGGUGUAGAAUGGAGGCAAGCUAUUUUCAUCCAUGCGCUGCUGGCGGGCGGGCGGGCGGCGCGCAGCAGCUUGAAGUAUUGGGUGGAGACUCGUGCAGCGCAUAGACAGCUGCAGCAUGAGCGAGUGAGGGUUUUGUUUCGGCUGGGCAGUGUGUAGAAUUGCUCGGAGUUGCAGUGUGACUUUAGACCGCCACAGCGGAGGCGGGCCAUAGAUGAGCCCAAGUGCACCAGGCCUCGCAGGCUGAAGCUAUGCACAGCUAAGGCUGCGUUGGGUUGGUGGUGAGUGCGUUGGCUGAUGAUUGCCACCCCUAGCAAUGACGUGCAUGAUUAUGUCCUAGGCAUAGGCCAGAGCAAUGACAGAGGGAGGGCCAUGCGUGCCAAGGAUGACACGACCGCGUAAAAUGUUUGACCGCGGGGCCCCAUGACGUUUCACUUCAGAGUUCAACUGUUCCGACCGUUUCGACCAACGACGCGCAACCCGCGCCGUGCACUGGUAUUGGAUGAUGCGGCAGAGUUUAUGCACCGGCCCGUUCGAUGAACGUGACUAGACAUGUUCAAAAGCGCUUUAGUCGCUUCAAUUUCCGCCUAUGCCUGGCUGCCCCUCAAUGUUGACGGGGUUUAACUUUUGUUCCUGAGCAAGGCGGGUUAGAAACGGAGCGGUCCUGUGGUUAUUAUCCGUAUUCUCUUGAGGGCGUGUGGCAAUGACUCACGGGGGGACGGAACUGGUGGGUUGGACUGCUGCACAUGGCGGGAUUCCUCUCUUGUAACUGGACUGAUUU